GCAUGAUUGUGACGUCAAAUACCGGAGCCCUCUCGCGCCUCUAAAAUGAAAUGACCUUUCUUUUUCGCCCUGUUACAGGAUCGGUCCGCCGAACGGCUCGAACAGAGUACCACAUCCCACAAGACAAGGAGCUUCCUCACACUGUCUGAAAGGUAAAUAUGGGUGACGUUGAUAAGGGAAAGAAGGUGUUCGUCCAGAAGUGUGCCCAGUGCCACACAGUUGAAAACGGAGGCAAGCACAAAGUGGGGCCAAAUCUUUGGGGUCUUUUUGGACGCAAGACUGGUCAAGCAGAGGGAUUUUCCUACACGGAUGCCAAUAAGAGCAAAGGCAUUGUCUGGAGUGAAGAAACCUUGAUGGAAUAUUUGGAGAAUCCCAAGAAGUACAUUCCAGGCACAAAGAUGAUCUUUGCUGGGAUCAAGAAGAAGGGCGAGAGGGCAGACCUUAUUGCAUACUUAAAGUCAGCCACAUCAUAAUACAGCUGGAGAACGGGAAGACUGCAAUAUUUAAAAUACAUGUUUAUAGUUUGGAUUAGAAUGUCUUUAACAGUAUCUAUUCAAAUGGUGUGACAGAUCAUGUGGCCAGGAUUAUUCAUUAUAACAUGUGGCAUGCUUCUAAUGCCAGUCCAUUUUAGCAGUGAGGAUUUCCACUUCUUUGUUUGUUCAGGUAAUGUUAAAAUAAGUCGAGUUACUGCAGAUCCCCAGUGUUUCCACCGAGGGGAAUGAAAACUGUCCCCUGGUUUCACAGGAGCUGUUGUACAUUAAAUUAUUAAAUUGUACUGCAUUCUUAAAGUAUUUGGAUCACAAUGAGUGACUGAACAAGCAGCAUGCUUAUUGGUAACUAAUUGUGUCAGAUGGGUUUGAUCUGUCAAAUAAAACGGUAAAAACAGCC